AACGGAUCAUUUACUUUCAGAAUUUGAAAUACCACAAACUCCGCUUCUUUUUCUCUCUCUUCCUCUGUUUCUUCUAGGUUUCAGGUGAUUCAUCUUCUUUCCUUGCUCAGCUUUGUCAUACUCACUCACUGUUCUUUCCUUCUUUGUCAAACAAAAUAUGGCGACGGAAGGUCAUGAAACUAUGGAUCCAGAAUCCCAAUUUCUUAUGGAAAUGCGAUUGAAAUCAAAAAGACCUCAUGAAUCUGAAGAUAAUGAUGAUGAUAAUGAUAAUGAUGAUUUUGAAUGGGAUAAUUACAAAGAAAAUGUGAGGCCAUUAAAGCGAGGUCGUAAUAUCAAGAUAUUGAAUGAAUCCCUAAAAUCUCACUCAAAUAUUUCCCUUAAACAUUCUCUUCUCCUCAACCGAAGGAAAUUGAUUGCGGAAAUUGAUGAGUAUGAAGGUGAUGAUCCUCUUCUACCCUGGCUCCAGUGUAUCAAGUGGGUUCAAGAAGCUUUUCCGUCUGCCGGAGAUUCCUCCGGCCUCCUGGUGAUAUACGAGCAGUGCGUUCGGACAUUUUGGCACGAUGAUCGCUAUCGCCACGAUCUUCGUUACCUUUCAGUCUGGCUUGAAUACGCUGAAAAUUGUGCGGAUGCUGAAGUAAUAUAUAGGUUUUUGGAUGCUAAUAAUAUUGGACAAUCUCAUUCUUCAUACUAUAUAUCUUAUGCUUUGUAUAUGGAGUCCAAACAUAAGAUCAAAACUGCUAAUGAAGUUUUCAAUCGAGGCCUGUCAAUAAACGCUCAACCACAUGUUAAGUUGGAAGCAGCUUACAGGAAAUUUCUAUGUCGCUCAGUGGGGAGAUCUAAAACUUCGGCUGAUGAAGACGUAACAGAGGAUAAUCUAUCAAAUCGAAGCUUUGGCACCGUGCUGUUCAAUGGAGAAAAUAGAAGAAUUGGAGCUUCAGACAUUGGCAGGAAAAGUAACAAGGGAAAUAGGGGCGAGGGUAUUCCUAUUUCUGUCUAUAAGGAAGCAGCUGUAGAGAAUAGCUCUAGUUAUCGGGUAGAUUUAUCAAAAGUUGGAUCAAAACAGUGGGAUAGUCUUGCCACUCACAAAGAUAGAAACAAAGAGAACAAAGCAAUCCCUGCAAAGUGGACAUCAUUUAAGGUUUUGCAGAGACCUGGCAGUAGACUUGCAAGAGUUGCCUCUCCUGCAAUUGAGGUGUUUGUUGAUGAGGAAUGUUCUGAAUUGCAACAACCUGGCGAUUCCCAAAACAUUUCAAGGUCACUAUUGAAGGAUAGGGAUGAAGAUAACAUCAAAAGAGAAACUGAAUUACUCAAGGAAAAUCCACUGCGCAACUUCCCUGCUAACAGUUUUCCUCGAUGACUUGGUUCGCAUAUGCACUCAUUCUUUGGAGAAGGGAUCAACAUUUUUCCUCAAGUAGUUCCAUUUUACUUGCUGUAUCUUUCUUGUAUACCACAUCAUAAGCCGUAACAUCUGAUAUUGUUUGUUGUUUAUUGUGCAUUAGAAACAUUUUGUACCAAGGCUGGCUUUGUAUUUUUAUAUUUCAUAUGUUCCAGGAAUUGGAUCAUUGAGGUUUGAAAAACUUUGUAAUCAAUAAUGGUGUUGCUUGUUUGCGAAACAAGCUUUGAAAUCAAUAAUCAAUCAUUUUCUGUUUGCUACAUGAAAA